CUGAAGGCAGCACCUCCGCUUUAAUAGUCAGUCACCAGCAGAGAGUCGCAGCCAGUGUGGCAGCUGGGAAUGUGGUUUCAGCACGGACCGCUAUUUCAGGACUUGGAACCGUACCGGGGCUGGCCAAGGAGAGACCUGCCCACGGCUCCUCUCACUGCAGGACUGCAUUCUAGAGGGGAACCAGCCGGAGCAUCGUGUUUGUUCCCCCGGUCUGUGUACGUACGCUAACACCUUACCUCCUGCCUGGUGUGUCCGGUCAAAAACGCAGUGAGGUGUCACUCGUUUAGUCAGUAUAAUCUGUUUGUGUCCCGGUGUGAAACGCUGGGUUAGAUGUGUCUGUUCCACCGCUACCAAAACACUCUCACCAACGACGAUGGACUGAAACCUGCGGCGGGGGCGAGCGACACACAACCUGCCGCGAUUUCCUGCAUGUGAAUUAAUAAAUGAUAGAGGAUACAAUGACCCUGCUGUCUCUGUUAGGUCGGAUCAUGCGUUAUUUUCUGCUCAGACCGGAGACCUUGUUCCUGCUGUGUAUCAGCCUGGCUCUGUGGAGUUACUUCUUCCACACGGACGAAGUGAAGACCAUCGUGAAGUCCAGCCGGGAUGCAGUCAAGAUGGUCAAGGGGAAAGUGGCGGAGAUGAUGCAGAACGAGCGGUUCGGCGGGCUGGACGUCCUGGACGCGGAGUUCUCCAAGACUUGGGAGUUCAAGAGCAGCAACGUGGCUGUGUACUCCAUCCAAGGCCGGCGAGACCACAUGGAGGACAGGUUCGAGGUGCUCACCGACAUCGUCAACAAGAGUCACCCUUCUAUAUUUGGGAUUUUUGAUGGCCAUGGAGGAGAGGUUUCCUCAGUGAAGCUGCUCAAACAUAAAAAGGCUUUCAGACCGAUGUGAUUAAUCUACCAGGAGAUCCGCUGCACCAGUAAAUCAACCAGGAAAUGAUUGAUAAGCGGCUUCAAUCACAGCAGGAAAGAGACAGAGAUGAACUUCUACUUAAGGCCCAGACACUAAGCCGACAUAAAAGUACUAGUGACGACAGCUGGCCAAAAAGUUGCACUUGAAUGCACCGCAACAACUACAGCCAAAGGCCAACAAGCACGCAUGCACUGCGCCUGCGUGAGUGGCAAUAACUCUCCUCACCAGCAGGCGGCGGUAGUCUGUAUUCGCCACUCAAACGAUGCAACCGGAAGAACUCUGACUGCGUAUAUACAAACAAGAAAUAGCGUUUUCCUUCCUUUUUCAUCGUGCUGAUCAGUUGUUCUUCCAUUGUUUA